UUAUUUUGAAAAUUCUGACCGGCAAACAGGUAUCUUACCUUGUGUAACUUUACAUUACACAUCCGCCAAGAGGUGAACGGAGUACAUUUGACUGAGCUAAUCUUUCAUUUAAAUAACUUGACCACCAAAAGCUUUUGAGAACAACUAUAUAAAAACGAAUCCAUGGCAGACCUUGGUGUCAAAGCAGGAGACAAGGUGCUGUUUGUUUGGGCUCAGCCCUCAGCACCAGCAGCCCUGAAACAGCGUGCAGAGGAACUGGCGGCCAUUGUUGGUGAAGACGGCAGAGUGUCAAUGGAGAACAUGGAAAGAUUAUUGAUGUCAUCCCACUCAGCAUCCACCUUUGACUGUGUGCUCUCUUGCCUUCUGGCUGACAGCUCCUCCGUCCACAGUUCAGAGACUCUCGCAGAGUUAGCCAGAGUGCUCAAACCAGGCGGGAAGCUGGUUUUGGAUGAAGCAGUUACAGGAGCUGAGACACAGAAUGUAAGGACUGCUGAGAAGCUCAUGUCAGCUCUGAAGUUAUCAGGCUUUGUGUCAGUCCAUGAGGUCACUAAAACAGAACUGACUCCUGAGGCAUUGAGCUCCCUCAGGACGACCACUGGUUACCAAGGAAACACGCUGUCGAGAGUUCGCAUUUCUGCCUCCAAACCCAGCUUUGAGGUGGGAUCAUCCAGUCAGAUUAAACUGUCAUUUGGGAAGAAGACACCCAAGCCAGCAGAGAAACCUGCUCUGGAUCCCAACACGGUCAAAAUGUGGACGCUGUCAGCCAAUGACAUGGAUGAUGACGAUGUGGAUCUGGUGGACUCUGAUGCUCUGCUGGAUGAAGAGGACUUGAAGAAACCAGACCCAUCAUCUCUUAAAGCGCCAAGCUGUGGAGAGGGAGCAGACAAGAAGAAGAAAGCCUGCAAGAACUGCACAUGUGGUCUUGCAGAGGAGUUGGAGCAGGAGAGUAAAGGAAAACAAACGACAAAUAUGCCAAAAUCUGCCUGCGGAAGUUGUUACCUGGGCGAUGCAUUCCGAUGUGCCAGCUGUCCAUACUUGGGCAUGCCAGCGUUCAAACCGGGAGAGAAGAUAGUGCUGGACAACAAGACAUUGACAGAUGCCUGAAACACUAGAUUUCAAACAUCAUUCUGCCCAUGAAUCAAAAUGUUACAUUCCUUGUUUUUGCCCAGCCCGCAAUGCACAAUUCUUUCUGCAAAAGAGUUGAAAAGUUGAAAGCCAUUUUUUCAGUGGCAUCAUUGCAAAAGUGAUGGGGAUGUCUGCCCAGUAAGAUGUCCUGUGUGUGUGUGAUGGAUUCACAGUUUGAAAUUACAGCAAUCGUGUUGUUUAUGACUUGGUGCCCUCAUGUAUUUACUAUGGCUAUAGCAAGUAAUCUUCACUGAUGUUUUGCUAAUUAGUUUGGCAAUGCAGCCAUGACAAUGAGCAAAAGUGAGAUUUGAAUGAAAUUUUAAAAAAGUG